GUUGAGACAAGACCUCAUGAGGAGGAGUUUGGGUCCUGCUUCUCUCCAACAUGGCUGCUUCAACGCUGCUGCUUCUUUGGGUUCUGGUGUCAGAAUGUUUUUCUGGGUCGACAAAUCCUGAUCAGAAAAACAUCAAUGCAGAACCUGGACAGAACAUCAUUCUGCCAUGUCGGGCUCCAGACAGCAGACCUGUUAUAGUUGUAGAGUGGACCAGGAAUGAUCUGGAGCCUCAGAGUGUUUUUCUAUAUCGAGAUGCGCAGAUUGAUCAACUUAACCAGCAUCCAAGGUAUAAGAACCGGGUGGAGCUGCGGGACAGAAAGAUGAAGGACGGAGACGUGUCUUUGACUCUGAAGAACGUGAGGAGUGAUGACAGAGGGAGUUAUGAGUGCAGAGUUGUCCAUGCUGAGGCAGCAAGGAGAUUUAAUUUGGGUCCCAUCAGCAUCAUCAACCUGGAUGUUGCUCCACGGUCACAAGCUGUAAAAAGAGGAACCAAACUUGGACCUACUGGACUGAUGAUUGGUCUGACCUCCUUCCUGUUAGCUGUUGGUGUUGGUUUUGAACUUUUGUAACUCAAAGUUAGCCUCCUGCUAAACAACCACCUGUCUUUAGUUUGUCAGAAACAGCCUCAGUUUGGGUUUCCUGAUGCUGAGGGCAACAAAACGGGAAUAAAUCUUAGACCAGUUCAGGAGAAAUGUUCAAAAGAAAAGAUUAUUGUCCUGAAGAACAUUUUCAGUUGGAAUGGUCGUCUCUGGUUUGAAGACAGAAGAUUUAAAACGUCAAAUAGAUUUAGGCUCAAGGUUAAAUAUGAUUUUAUGAUCCAUUAAAUGGGUUUUUAUUGAUGGUUUGUUCAUUUUUUGUAUUUUUGUGCCGCUAGUGGCCUUUUUUCUAUAAUCUCUCUGGGAUCAACAUCUUGUGGGAUGUUCUUCUCUCUUUCAGUUUUCAUCUCUCAGCUUCAGUAAAACUGAAUCAUUUUCCAGAAAGCCUGCAGGUUAGAACAGGUUCAGUUGUUGCCCAACUGCUCCACCUGUUCCUGCAUGCAGGAGUUGAUGUAUUCAUAAACAAAUUUCACCUGGAUCUGUUUCAGGGAAAUUCCUAAACCGAGCAAGAUUUCUGGUUUUUGUGAAGAAAAAAAAUAAACAAUUGAAAUAAAGCCGUUUUAAUAAUUACCUGAACUCUGUAACUGAACAGGAAAUAAAAUCUGUAAUGUGAAGAAUUGAUGUUUUUCUAUUAACAUGUUAUCACAAAAUAAGAAGUUGUUUAAAGAA